AUGGCGAAGACGGGGAGGGUUGCGCUGCUUGAUUCCCGCCUCUUCUCAUCUUGCGCCUUGCGGAAUCGCAAUCCGCUCUUGAAUCUUCGGCUCGAUCGGCAAGCUGAAUUUCUCUCGACGAGUUCCGACCGGAUUCUCUGCGCCCUAAGGAACGGUAAUGCCGACUCCUCACUCAGCUCUUCCGUUCCGAGCCACUCUACUGUGCUUGAUGUUCUGCGUAGAUGCGUCAAGGUUGGCGAUGCCGCUUUGGGGCAGAAUUUUGUCGACCAAUUGAUGAAAAGACCGAAGAUCAGGCACUCGUCAGAGUCGCUCAGCGCGAUGAUCCAUGUGUGCUUCCGAAACCGGAGGGUCUCCGACGCUCAGGCCUUGAUACUGCGCAUGAUUCGGCGCAGGGGAGCCUCGAGAUCGGAAAUUGUCGAGGCAAUGGUGACGACUUACCUUGCUUGCGAUUCCUGCCCUCAGGUUUUUGAUCUUUUGAUCCGUACUUAUGUCCAGGCAGGUAAGCUUAGAGAAGCUAGCGAGGCGUUCAGGGCUCUUAAGGAGAAAGGGAUAUGCAUUUCAGUCAAUUCUUGUAACGGUCUUCUUUCUGGAUUGGUCCGGGCAGGAUGGGUGGACUUGGCGUGGGAAAUAUACGGAGAAGUUGCAGGAGGAAGUGAAUUGAAUGUUUAUACUUUGAAUAUCAUGGUGAAAGCUCUGUGCAAGGAUGGGAAGCUUGCACAAGCUAAAAUAUUUAUCACCGAUAUGGAACAGAGAGGCAUUUUUUCAGAUAUGGUAACAUAUAAUACUUUGAUUGAUGCGCAUUGUCGUGAAGGGCUCCUUGAUGACGGUUUGGAGCUCCUCAGCGUGAUGUCACUGAAGGGAAUAAAACCCAAUAUUGUCACUUACAACGCAGUACUGAACGGUCUUUGUAAGAACCAGAAAUUUGACCGAGCAAAAGAGUUAUUGAAUGAAAUGACGAUUGCUGGGGUUCUACCAAACACUUCGUCUUACAAUAUCUUGCUCGGUGGCUUCUCCAGAAGUGGCAAUGCAGGAGACGCUACAGAUAUUUAUAAGCAAAUGCGGAGCCAAGGUCUUGCUCCCGAUUUGCUUAGCUUUAGUUAUCUUAUUAGCUUGUUUUCAAAGAAAGGAGAUCUCAGCCAGGCAGUUAUGUACUUCAGAGAUAUGAAGUCUUUGGGUGUAGUUCCUGAUGGUUUUAUAUAUACAAUGCUUAUUGGAGGAUUUUUCAAGGUUAAUUUGACAUCCGAGGCUCUUAAGGUCAGAGACGAAAUGGUAGGCCAAGGAUGUGUUCCAGAUGUAGUCACUUACAACACAAUUCUGAAUGGGAUGUGCAAGGAUAGGAAAUUAUCUGAGGCUGAACAGCUUCUCGAUGAAAUGAUAGAAAGAGGAAUGACACCUGAUUAUUAUACUCUUACCACUUUAAUACACGGCUAUUUCAGAGAAGGUCUAAUGGAUAAAGCACUAAAAGUAUUUGAAAUGAUGAGAGAGAGGAAUCUGAAGCUUGAUGUUGUCUCUUACAAUACAUUAAUCGACGGAUUAUGCAAGCAAGGGGAAAUAGAUAAGGCUACAGAGCUAUGGAAUGCUAUGAUCGACCAGAAAGUCUUUCCGAACCUCAUAACUUACAGCAUUCUAAUUGAUGAACAGAGUAGUAAAGGGCAUAUGGUCGAGGCCUUUAAUCUAUGGAACGAAAUGAUCGCAAAAGGUAUUUUACCUAAUGUUGUGACCUGCAACUCUAUUAUUAAAGGAUUCUGUCGUUCAGGGAAUGCGUCAAAGGCAGCAGAUUUCUUGAACAAGAUGAUGGACGAUGGGAUUGCUCCCAAUACAGUAACAUAUAACACGCUUGUCCACGGUUUAGUUAAAGAAGAAAAAAUCCGUGAAGCAUUUUGUCUGAUUGAAAAGAUGGAUAGCAAAGGGGUUUUAUCUGAUGUUGUCACAUAUAAUGUGAUCCUCUCUGGGUUUUCCCGAGAAGGUAGAAUGGAGGAAGCGGAUUGGGUCUUUAAAAGACUGAUUAAUAAAGGAAUUACACCAGAUAGAUCGACCUAUAUGACUCUUAUAAAUGGGUAUGUUGCUGGGGACAACUUGAGAGAGGCCAUCAGGCUGCACGAUGAAAUGCUGCAGAGGGGUAUUUCAUCUGACGAUAAAUUUUAA